CAGGCUGCGUUAAGUUGUCACACCGGAAAUGGAACAGCUGGCUUGGCUGUCUCGGCUGACUUUCAGGCGAUCUUUAUAAUCGUAUAAGAUUUUGAGGGAGCGGAUUGACAGCGUUCAGGGUGUCCGCUCACUUUCGUCUGGUUUGACAGAGAAGAAUGACUUCAAAAACCGAACGCCGAGGAAUCUACGUGGAUCAGGCGGCCCUGCUCUGCAAGAAAGGCUGUGGAUUUUUUGGCAAUUCAGCCUGGGGAGGUCUGUGUUCCCAAUGUCACCGUGAGAUAAACCAGAAAUCACGGGCCAAACAGAUUGAGGAGGACUAUGCACUAGCAGAGAGACUGCAAAGAGAAGAAGAGGCAGCUUAUGCCGGUAACAACCAGGGGGCGCAAUCAGGGAGCUCGUCCACCCGGGUGGGCAAACCAGAAGAGAAAAGGAGCAGUCAAAAAUCACGUACUGUUUCCACUGGGAAGAAAUUUUUCCACACGUUUGCAAAGACACCCCUUGGAAGAGAUGUCAGCGUUCCCAGCCAGCCAGCUCCCACCACCUCCAUCAGCAAGCAGCCAGUUGUAGAAUCAGAUCAAGCUUCGAAACAGUUCAUCGAUUUCCUGAAGCCUAUGCAAAAACCUGGACGUGAAAUUUUUACACAGUGCCAUGCUUUCGUUCACAGCGUGGCUUACAAGAAGGAUCUCGGUGCAGAGGACCUCUCAGAGUCUGUGCAAGACUUUUACCAGAACCUGGCUGAUCGCUUACACAGCGUCUUCAAAGGAAGUCCAGAGCGAGUAGAGGCAGUAAUGGAUGAAGUGGAGAAGUACAUAACGCUGCAGUUGUAUGAACAGUCGUUUUGUCCUGAAUCCACAGAUGACGAAGUCAAAGAUUUGGCGAUUCAGAAGAGAAUCAGGGCUUUGCACUGGGUUACAGUUGAGAUGCUUUGUGCCCCAGUAAAAGAGGAAAACCCUGCAGUGUCAGACAGUCUGGACAAGGCCAUUACCGAUAUAAUCGAGAUGGACUCCAGGCAUGUACCGAGGGAUAAGCUGGGUUACGUCACCAGGUGCAGCAAGCACAUCUUCAGUGCGAUCAAGCGCAGCAAGAGAGAGGCCGCCUCAGCUGACGACUUUCUCCCAGUUCUUAUCUACGUGGUGCUGAGGGCCAACCCACCCCGACUGCAGUCCAACAUCCAGUACAUCACGCGCUUCUGCAACCCCAGACGCCUCAUGAGCGGAGAGGAUGGAUAUUACUUCACCAACCUGUGCUGUGCAAUCGCUUUCAUCGAGAAGCUCGAUGCUCAAUCCUUAAACCUGACCCCAGAGGAAUUUGAACUGUACAUGUCUGACCAGGCUUCCCCUGAAAGGCCACAACCUUCUGGAAUCUCUUUCCCCUCGUCCUCUUCAUCACAGAGUGGACCCAGAAUGGGCAGGUUGGAGAAUGACCUCAUCGAUUGGGGCGACGGCGUAGAGGCCCCAGUUCAGGAUGUCCUCGGAGGGCUUCAGCUGGACUCUUCCGCUCCUUCCACCUCUGCAAUUGACUCGGACAAUGUAGACAGCGAGGGGCUUCCUCCUCCUCUACAGCCUCAGGUUUUCGCAGGGUAGCUCUGUCCCAGAUCACUCCACCCACUUUGUAACUGUCCUACUGAUUGCAGGCUCGUGUGAAGUGGGAGACGACUUCACUCCGUCAGCAAUUUGUCUCCUCGUCUUUACGUUAGUAGAGGAUUUGCACAUGUUUUAUUCUUGUUUUUUAUUCUGUUACAGCUGAACGCCAUGGGCUCAGCAUUUACGAUUUAGAUAAAACUCCGUAUGUUGUGAUUGAGUGACCACGCGAGAGAUUUUCCGUCACCAGUGACGUAGAACAAUCGUAAAACUUCAGUGUGUAACGUUUAAAAGGUGUUACUUUUAAGCAAUAUUGAAAUAAUUCAUUUAAAAAAAACGUGAUCGGAUUCAACAGGCUAGUUUACGACAGCGUUUUAGUGCCACGUACAUUUAAAAAAAAAUAUAUCAAAGAUGACGAGAAUAAAGACGUAAUAUUUUGAGAAAAAUAAAGUUCUAGAAAUACGGAAUUAGUGGUAAUAUUGGAAGAACAAUCAUAGAAUUUCCAGAAACGUUUCACUGUUUCGCAAAAAAAAUGUAUGUGGAGGAUUUGGUUAAAUUCUACUUUAGGUUAGGAUUUAGCAAUAAGGAAAUCCUUUCUCUUUUGGAGCAUCAGCACCGAGUUGUAAUUAGCGGUUAAGUAGGAAACUUAAUUUAUUCAGAAGAAAAAGUCAGACAUCGAUGGUUACACCUGCAUGCUAUUUGAAGAGAUGUUGUUUCUCAAGAGACUAAGAGGAUGAUGAUCCAAGAAAUCGAUCCUAAAUGAUUCAGUACUUCAGCUGGGGGUCCCAAUGCGUUGUGGUGUAUGGACUUUAUUCUCAUAUCGCUACGAUUUUAUUCUCGUAAAUUCGUAUUUAUUCUCAUACUGCUAUGACAUUAUUUGUGUGACUUUAUUUCCAAAAUAUUUUGACUUUCUUCUGCUACUUCUUUAUUCUUUAUUAUCAUUUUUAUAAAAAAAAAAAAAAUGUAUGUGGCACUAAAACACUUAAGUAAGUUCACUUUGGCUCUCAUCGAUUUUUUUUUUUUUUUUAGCUCCGCCUCCUGAACCAAACAAAAGGCACAUUUAAUUGAUUACAUUUACAGACUAUAAAUGAUUACCCGCCCCUGUAAAGGUUGCGAGCUACACAGUAAGAAGAAAAACGUCACCUAAAUUUGUGUAGGUGAAGCAAAAUUCAAAAUGGCCACCGGAUAUUUCGGAUGGUGAUGCAUUAGAUGUGCUAUUCUCUAAGUUACUGGUAACUGAAGUUCGAGGGGUUUAAGCUCCAGUAUUGCCGAGCGGACAUAUUUGGGCCCUUGAGCAAGGCCCUUAACCCUUUCUGCUUCAGGGCUGCUGUAUCGUUGCUGACCCCAGCUAUAAUAAUAAUAUAAAUAUUGGUUGAUUCUGGACAUUUAUAAAGAAGUGACACAGAUUUAAAGACAGAAUAAAAAAAUGACAGCUUUACUAAAGGUUUCUAAAAAUUCAAGAGGCCAUAUUUAAUUAGUAAACAUGGCUCCUGUGUGACGAAGCCAAGUUGGAUUCAAUGUCUGCAAGGCAGGUAGAGCAGGUUAUUCUGGACCAUUUAUAAUGAACGUGGCCUCUGUGUGCAUUCACAGCUCAUUGAGUGUCAGCCAACUCUCUCAGACAUCCUUUCAGUCAUGGCAACUUCUUAUAUCUCGAGGUAGCUCCAGUAUAUUUAUGCACUUUUUUUUUCCCGUUUGCUUCAAGAAAAAUUCAGUUGAACAAAAACUGAAAUUGUAUUUAAUGCAGCGUUUUUUUUUACUCCGCAAUCUUCCUGUUUCUUUCUAUUUAUAAGAAAAUACGAGUAUGUAGAAUGAAAGUAUUAAUCAGGGAUGUACCAUCUUCUGUACAGACGAUUUGAAUUUAUGCAGGAUUUGCUCUUAUACACAGAUUUUGUUAUUUAUUAGAGUAUGGAUUUUGUUUAUCGGUAUUGUGGUCUUGCAGUCGAUUUUUCAUCCGUGGAUUAUAACCAAAAUCGAAGCGGUUCGAAAUGAAUUCUCGUGUCGUGUCGUCCGACAUGCGCACUCUGUAUCGUGUUCUAAUGAUGUAGUUUAUGAGGAUGCACUGUGAACAGGUUUCAUUUAGCAAACACACCAGCUCAUCCCCAAAAGUGCAUGUCAUAUAGUACAGAUUUUUCUUUUCGUUUCAAUACACACUACAGCUUAAAUCCCACAUUCAAAUUGUUUCUUUUUUUUUGUAUUAGGAUUUGCUGAAACAGCAGCCCAAUAAAUUUAGUUUCAAUGGCUUGGACUUUUGGCACUUCCUGAUUUCUGUUUUAAAAACCCAUUUGCAUAUAUGCAUAACCGUCUUGCAUAUUCUGCAGUAUGGGAUAGAGAGCAGGCUUUUUUUUUUUUUUUUUAUUUGUUUAUCGGUUUUAAGUAAACCUUUUAUUUAAAAAAUUUUCAUUCUGGGAAGAUGAACGCCAAAUGCCUCUUCUUUUAUUUGUUCUGAGUAUGCUUUAAGGUCUGUGACCUGAAAUGCUUGAUGAUAUAUGACCUGAACUGUAGUUUAAAAAAAGGUUAUAGGACUGGGCAUGGUUGUAUUUACUUGAUAGUUGUAGAGUGCAUCAAAAGUCUGUAAUGUAUGCAUCUGAAAACUAUGAUCUGUCAUUGACGAGACGUUUUUUGCCACAUGCAUCCACUGCAUAUAUUACUUCAACGUUGUUUAUGCAGUGAAAUCUUUACAAAACUUGAGAAUUAAAGCCUGAGAAGAAAUGAAA